AUGGGUGGCUUCAAGGCUGUGGAGGAUCGCCCAACGCCGAAGGAGGUGUACAACUGGAAGCUCUACAUCGAGGCCGCAAUCAUCGCAACUGGCUCGUUCCUUUUCGGGUACGACUCGGCGUUCAUCGGAACCACCAUCGCCCGCAACAGCUUCCAAAGAGACUUCGGCAUCAACGCCUCGAACUCCAACAACAUCUCCAGCAACAUCACAUCGGCCUUCCAGGCCGGAGCUUUGGGCGGCGCAGUCCUUUGCUUUUUCAAUGCCGGGCGUGCCCUGACAGGAGUUGGAUGCGGUGGGAUCACAGCCACAGUCCCCUCGUACAUCGGCGAACUCUCGAUUCCCUCGAUCCGCGGUAUCCUCACCGGUCUAUUCGAAGUUGCAUAUCAAAUUGGAUCUGUCAUCGGUUUCUGGAUCAACUAUGGCAUCACACAGACCAUUGACCCCAACUUGCCUGUCAGCUGGAGAAUCCCAAUGGCCUUCCAGCUGGUUCCAGCCGGAAUCCUCUUCGUCGGCUGCUUCUUCAUUCACGAGAGUCCCCUGUGGCUUCUGCGCAAGAACAAGACGGAGAGUGCGCAUAAGGUUCUGGAGGGUCUCAGGGGCUUGCCAAUCGACCACAAAUGUGAGUUUUUCGCAACUUUUGGCGUGCCCAGCUCGCAGUAA